AUGUCCAAAUGCAAAGAUUUGAUUGUCCUGGGUGAUCUAAACUGCGACAUGUUACAGGAAUCCAACCGAUUGCGACCGAUUGCGACCGAUUUUAACUUGGAAGCAACUUGUCCACAACGCUCUACAACCCCUCCGGAAACGCAGUUUCGUUUUCGUGAAGUCUCCGAAACAGAAGUCGCAAAUGUGGUAUCAAACUUACCUGCCAAUAAAGCUGCUGGUCCUGACAAAUUACCAGCUAGAGUGAUAAAAGAUGGCCUGUCUGUUAUUCUGUCUACGAUAACCAGUAUGAUAAACUGCUCUUUUACCACCAGCAACUUUCCACAGGAAUGGAAAAUCGCAGAGGUCAUCCCUAUCCCCAAGUUAGGAGAUAAAGAGUUAGCAUGUAAUAACCGCCCAAUUUCAUUGUUGCCAGUUAUGUCUAAAAUCUGCGAAAGGCUGGCUCACGGUCAAUACAAUAACUUCCUAUGUUCCAAAGGUAAACUCUCUGCCCAUCAAAAUGGAAACAGGAAAUUACAUUCAACUGAAACAGCCUUACUCAAAGUUACUGACGAUAUUUUGAAAGCAAUGGACGAAAAAUUGAUUACCAUUAUGGUCCUAAUUGAUUUUUCGAAAGCCUUCGAUAGCAUCAAUCAUGAAACUCUAUUAAAUAAAUUAUGGAAUAUUGGAAUGGCUCCAAGUGCUUUGAAAUGGUUUUCCAGCUACUUGACAAAUAGAUCUCAAAAAGUACGUUUGGGAGAGUUUCUAUCGCAACGACUCCCACUAUCUCACGGAGUACCACAAGGAUCUAUUUUGGGACCUUUGAUGUUUACUGUGUAUGUCAACGACCUACCAUCGUCAGCUGUUAACUGUAAGCCGGAGUGUUAUGUUGACGAUAGCAAGCUUUAUGUUAGAUUGUGA